AUGAUUUUUAGAACUUUGGUGCAUGUCGCAGAACAUACACAAUUUUGUGAACAGAUCUUGAAAGUAGCAGCCUAUACUUUAAAAAUUUUGUACUUGGGAUCUCUGUUUGUCAACUACCUGUUCAUCAAGUUAUUUGAAAUCAAAGAUGCUGAUGUUCCUGUUAUUGAGCAAACUCUGUUCAGAAAUGAUAAGAAGGCACCGGACUACAUCAAAGAACAUUUCAAGACCUUCUGUGACCUGACGAUUUUGAACCCGCAGCUGUUAAAAAGUAUAAACUACUCAAGCGUUCUUUCCAUUGCCGGUAAACAGUACGAAACACUCACCAGAAACUACCUACAUGAAACGUGUUAUCUGACAACAAUUCUGUAA